AUGGCUGAUUCAAACCACACAUCAUUCAAAACAGCCAUUAGGAAGGCUUGCGAUAUUGCUCUUCCAAGGAAACAGCUAAAGGUGUUUGGUAUUGUUUGUUUGGAGAAGGACAAAGAAAAAGACGGUACGCUGCACAUCGACUUUAACAUUAAUUACAACGAAGAGGUCUGCGCAAGUUCAACACAGCAGAGGGUGGAUACCAUUCACAGGGGAGGACUUUACCGAUACCAGGGGAGGACUUUACCAAAACUAGGGGAGGACGUCACCAAUACCAGGGGAAGACGUCACCAAUACCAGGGGAGAACGUCACCAAUACCAGGGGAAAACGUCACUAAUACCAAGGGAGGACGUCACCAAUACCAGGGGAGGACGUCAACAAUACCAGGGGAGGACGUCACCAAUACCAGGGGAGGUCGUCAACAAUACCAGGGGAGGACGUCACCAAUACCAGGGGAGGUCGUCACCAAUACCAGGGCAGGACGUCACCAAUACCAGGGGAGGACGUCACCAAUACCAGGGGAGGUCGUUACCAAUACCAGAGGAGGACGUAACAAAUACCAUGAGAGGUCAUUACCAAUGGCAGGGGAGGUCGUUACCAAUACCAGGGGAGGACGUCACCAAUACCAGGGGAGGACUUCACCAUUACCAGGGGAGGACGUCACCAAUACCAGGCGAAAAAGUCGUUACCAAUACCACGGGAGGUCGUUACAAAUAGUAGGGGAGGACGUCACCAAUACUAGGGGAGGGCGUCACCAUUACCAGGAAAGGACGACACCAAUAUCAGGGGAGGAUGUCAACAAUACCAGGGAAGGACGUCACAAUUACCAGGGAAGGACGUCACCAAUAUCAGGGGAGUACGUCAAAAAUACCAGGAAAGAACGUCACAAUUACCAGGGAAGGACGUCGCCUAUAUCAGGGGAGGACGUCACUAAUACCAGGGGAGGUCGCUACCAAUACCAGGGGAGGACGUCAGCAAUACCAGGGGAGAACGUCACCAUUACCAGUGGAGGCGUGACCAAUACCAGGGGAUGA